UAAAACAGUUAGUUAAUGAUUAACACUGCAGACCCUGUGUAUCAGUUUUGAUCUUACACACUGCCCUCAGAGCUACUGAUAUACACCAUACACUGAUACACACCUUCUUCUUCUUCUACCUGGUCUCUAUGGGAACCUCCAGUCAACAGAAUUGAAACCUUUUUUAUGGACAGACAGGACAACAGGCCAUCCUGUGUUAACAGCCUCUACUUCUUCUCAUCCUGUUAUAUGACAUGUUCACUAGAUUCAUUGCCGGCUUCAUCUCGGAUUCACUGCAGCUCACACUCUGUGUAAACAGACACUGAACUCACAAUAGACGUUCGACAGGUUCAGCUACAACAAGGAAGUGUCCCCAAGGUGCUUUUACCUCCAGCUCAAAGUCCAGGCAUGAGAGAUUCCUAAAGCCACACACAGGUCUGACCCACUGCUGCUGCCAGCUGAUCAGCAGGUAGAAGUGUUGGGACAGCUGAUGUUGUACCCCUCGCUUUCUUUUGUUUGAGGAGUUGAUGGUGUCUGAGCAGCGUCUGAGAUGGAGUUAAGGGAGUUUGAUGGAUCACAACCUGAAGGUACCUUUUACAAUGAUUUCCCAGACCCCUAUGGACCCAAAGUACAUCAACAUAUAUCAAACUUUGAUGACGACUACAGCCCCCAGUCUUCACUGAGGUACCGGGGCCCUACUGUCCCACAGGAGAACACGACUGCAGUGCAAUUUGACUGGAGCUCACGUCCUGACGAGAGUGGUGAUGAAGAGUCACAUCAGCCUCAGAAUCUCAGAGAGCUGCCGCUGCACAUGGGCCUAAAGAGAGCUAUAUGGCAGGUUCAGCAGAUGAGAGUACCAGUUGUGACCCGUUGGGGUUCGUGGCGUAUCCAUCAGCACAAAGCAUUUCUUCGCUUUUGGGAAGAUGCCAAGGAUGUACUGGCUAAGGUGGUACUGUGGAGGAAAACAACUCACAAGAUUGGAGGACACUUUGGUGGAGGUGUGCAGUCCUACUUCCUCUUCUUGAGAUUUCUUGUUGUCCUCAAUUUCCUGUCGUUCCUGCUGAUGGCUGGGUUUGUGAUCAUCCCCAGCAUCGUCUUUCACUCCAUCGCCAACAUCUCCAGCAGCAUAGACCUCCUGCCCACUGUUAACCUUACACGUGUGGGUGUGUGUCUGCGAUACGACCACACUCCUGAUGCUCUCACUGCUUUCUACACCUACUUCCUUGAUUUGCUUUCAGGAACGGGCUUCAUGGAAUAUUCGUACAUGUUUUAUGGAUUCUAUAACAACACGAUGGUCAUAAGCAGCGGCUUUUCCUACAACGUCCCCCUCGCCUACCUGCUGACCGCCGCCUUCUACUUCCUCUUCUGUCUCACCUGCAUCAUCGUCCGGAUGGGCAGUGUGACCCAGGUCAUGGUGGCAGCGGGUGGAGCAGCUGCAGGCGGCUACAGUGCGCUUAUUUUCACAGGAUGGGAUUACGGUCUACAGGGAGAGCGUGCCACCACACUGAAACAGAAAAACCUGCGCUACCAGUUACAGGUGGAUUUGGAGGAGGAGAGGAUUAAUAAGAUGGCUGCAUCUCUGACUCUAACUCAGACAGUGGGUCUGUACUCACUCCGCACUUUCCUACAAUUAGUCGUCCUGGCCAUGAUUGGUGGGGCUUUCCUGGGAAUUGCUGCUGCAACCCAGUUCAGCCAGUCUCAGCAACAACAAGGUUUCGUAGGACUGCUGCUUGAGUACCUGCCCUCCAUUGUCAUCACCACAAGUAACUUUGUGGUGCCUAUGCUGUGUGACAAGGUCGCCCUCUUCGAGAAAUAUUCUCCCAGUACUACAAUCAUCCUGGCACUGCUCCGGGCAGUGUUUCUGCGUUUAGUGAGUUUGGGUGUGCUGCUUUACACUUUGUGGAAUCAGAUUACCUGUAACGGAGACGUUUCUGACAGAUCUACUACAGACUGCGCAACCUGCAGUUACAACAACUUACAGUAUCAGUGCUGGGAGACACGUGUGGGUCAGGAGAUGUACAAACUGACACUCUUUGACUUCUUAAUCACCAUCGCCAUGCUUGUGUUUGUAGAGUUUCCACGAAGGAUGGUUGUGGAUCACUGCUCUUGUAAGCUGGCGCAGUGGGUGGGCCGGCAGGAGUUUCUGGUGCCUACGAAUGUUCUGGCUCUGGUGUACGGUCAGACUGUGGUGUGGACCGGGGCCCUCUUCUGCCCCCUACUGCCCCUCAUCAACACCGUCAAAUUCAUCAUCAUCUUCUACUGCAAAAAAAUCACUCUGUUCCAGAACUGCCGUCCAGCUCUCAGAACCUUCCGCUCCACCAGCUCCAGCUUCUUCUUUUUUCUGGUUCUGCUGUUCGGCUGGGGGCUUUCCAGUGUGGUGCUAGUUUACAGUGUGGCCACGAUUCAUCCCUCCUACGGAUGUGGUCCAUUCCGGUUUUCCCCCACCAUGUGGAGUGUUGUUCCUAAAUCCUUCCACUCACUCUCCAACACCACUCAGGAGUUUCUGCUGUACGUCGGCUCUCAGGCCUUCUCCAUCCCUCUCUUUAUUUCCUCCUGUGUGUUUCUGUGUUAUGUGGCUGCACUCGCUUCUGUUUAUGGAAAAACUGUAGCACUGCUGAAGAACCAGUAUAAAAUGGAGGGACGUGAUAAGCAGUUUCUAGUCAAACAGAUAAAAGAGUUAAGCACAGGACUUCCCAAAGAAGAACAGGAGCAAGAGCCAAAAACACAGCAGCCCCAGAGAGAAGGCCAAGCCCAGUGGGACACAACACCACACUGGAGGGAACAACAGAACCCUGCGUUUGAGCCAGAAGAAGAGAUGAUGACAGAACCCAGUGCUUUUUAUCGGGAUGACUUAGAGCAUCACAGUCUGCAUUACAGAGAAGGAUGACCCAUGGCUUUACUCAUUAACUGACUGCUUUACUCAAGCAUCAAUCUUCCUUUCAGCUUUGGAAGCUGCAUCAUUAUGGACACAAAGCAUUGUGCUAAAUGUCUGAGUGAUUUCUUUUAACACUGUCUGUUUUAUAGAAUCAUGUCUCAUUUUCCUUACCUCUGAAAUAGCCAGAAAAAACAACAAUGUGCAAUAUAAUGUAAUAAAUGAGAAUUUAUGACGUGCCAAAAUGAA